CGUUUUCAGUUUGCCACGUGCAUCGGUGAGAGCACGCGAUCGCGCAUGUGUCAGAUAUCAAUUUAAUGGGGGCAUGAUGAUGACUCGCUACCGGAAGAAUUACCCUAAUCUGUCGGUGAUAACACGUGUUUACCCUAGUUGUUCAGACUCGGAUGGUCCUGCUGUGGUGAGACAGGUGUGGAGGACUGAUGGCAAUCUGAAAGAGCAUUAUGGUCGCAAUGACAAUCAGCAGUUUUUUAACCGUGGAGGUUAUAGGUCCUUCAGGAACCAUUCUCACUGGCGUGCCAAACCACCAAGGCAGUUGGGACCUUGUGGCAGGUUUCCGGGUGGCAGCGUUGAUGGGUCUAACUGGAGGGGAGACGGGCAAACGGAAAGGGGAAGAGGGGGAAAUAAGUUUAAGAAUUUUGGAAGGGGAGGUGCAUGGAGAGGAAGACAAAAAGGUGGAAGAGGAGGACCGAUCUUUAGGAUUACAAUACCACGUGCAAAGAAAUAUAGGCAGCAUUGGCUAAUAUCAUCACUUCAGACACACAGUCCCAUACCUUUCAAGCCACUACAUUACUGCACAUCAGGUCAAAGCGUUCACUUCUAUGUGGAGGAUGAAGCCGCUGCCAGCGCCCUGCGCAGACUGUCACGCAAAAUCACAGACAGCGAGGGUUACAAAGUGGUUGUCUUUGCAAACCCUUGUUCAAGUUUUCCUGUGCAACAAACCAGCCUGAAGCCAGAAGAUCUGAAGCAUUUAAAGAAAUGCAUGUCUAAACGUUUUGAUGUCUCCCAGAAGUGUCUUGAUCUGAGCAGCAUCCACACUGAUCCAACCUUGGUUUCUCAGAAAAUUCAGGUGACAUUGAACAAAAACAACUGCGUGAAGGCUGUGUUAGCAAUCAUUGAGGAGAAUAUCCCAGCGUUGUCGUCUCUGAAUCUGAGCAACAACAUGCUGUUUCACCUGAAUGCUCUUGCAGAUCUGGUGCAGAAAACCCCGAAUCUGAAGUCACUGAAUCUGUCUUGUAAUGAGCUGAGGUCUGAGGAGGAGCUCAAUAAUCUGAAAGGUCUCGGGCUGGUUGAGCUUUGGUUGGACAGAAACCCUCUGUGUGAUUGUUUUGAUGAUCAGACCUCGUAUAUCAGGGCACUGCGUGAGCGAUUUCCCAGGCUUUGUAAACUGGACGGCCAUGCACUUCCACCUCCCAUCAGUUUUGGUAUUGAAACCAGCACAGUUCUUCCUCCAUGUAAGGGCAGCUAUGUAGUCUCAGAUGAAAUCAUGAGUGUCAUUCAGCGCUUUCUACAACAGUAUUACAGCCUGUAUGACUCUGGAAACAGACAGCAGCUGAUGAACGCUUACCAUGAUGGAGCCUGUUUCUCUAUCAGCCUGCCACCCUUAACCAAUCCCACAAGGUGCAUGUUAGGAGAGUAUCAUGAUGAUAACCGCAAUCUUAAGCAGAUCACUGACUCUUCCACACGGAUCCGCAACCUAAAACGCUCCCGGCUCAAUGUGGUCGCCUUUCUCAAUGAACUGCCGAAGACCCAGCACGACAUGAGUUCAUUUACUGUGGAUGUCAAUACGUAUACGAACACUCUGUUAGCGUUCACAGUAAGUGGACUGUUCAAAGACGGUGAGGCUCAUGUUAUUGGUGGAUCGAAACAAUCUGUGAGGGGAUUUAGUAGAGUAUUUAUCACAGUUCCUGCUCCAAAUUCUGGUCUGUGCAUAGUCAAUGAUGAGCUCUACGUGAGGACGGCCUCAUCUGUGGAGAUGCAGCAAGCAUUUAAAGCACCACCAACCCCGACCCCCUCGAGCAGCCACCCAGCCUCCACCCUGUCGGCAUCCCAGCAAGAAAUGCUCUCUGCCUUCUCACGGUGCUCGCAGAUGAACCUGGAAUGGUCUGAAAAAUGUCUGCAAGAUAAUGCAUGGGAUUAUCACCGAGCUGCACAGAUUUUUACAGAUCUGAAGGAACAAGGAAAGAUUCCUGAAGCAGCAUUCAUAAAGUAAAUGAUUGAAAUUCAUAUUAAAAUACAUGUUUUUAUUUGUUGUUUGACAGUGAAUUUGUGAUGCCAGACUGAAGUGAAACGCAGAGAUUUGUUUUACAUUGUUUUAUUUUUGUGUUUCAUUUAUUCUUUGAAGACUCUACCUCAGAUUGUACUUGAAUAAAUAACACAAUGCCA